AUGACGACUGUUGACGUUGUGAUUGUCGGUGCUGGCAUUGCUGGCAUUAAGGCAGCCACAGAAUUGCACUCUAAGGGAGUGAGAACUUUGAUUUUGGAAGCCCGGGACAGAAUUGGCGGAAGGCUAUACACCUAUCAUCCGCCAAAUUCGAAGUACGGCUAUGAUAUCGGUGCCUGCUGGUUUCAUGCCACUUUAAACAAUCCACUCUUCCACAAUGCUCUACAGAAGAAAAAUGUCGAGUAUUUUUUCGAUGAGAACUCUGCAGCCGUGAUUGGACCUGAAGGACCCCUUACGGCAAAUGUUGGUCCAAUUGUUGAGGAAAUCAAAUUAUAUGCCCAAUCUAGACCUGGAGAAGACGUUAAUUUGAAAACAGCCUGCGCAGAAUAUCUGGCCAAAAUGGGGCCCACACUGUCCGAAGAACAGAAGAAAUGGGCUACCUCGCUGCUGAGAGUGGCAGAAAUUCCUAAUGGAAUGCAAUGGGACAUGUUCUCUGCCAGAUUGGCCAAUCCUCCCUACGUGGGAAGAGACGCUUUUGUGUCAGGCGGCUACGAGAAAGUGUUGGAGAACGAGCUCGAAGGAUUUCCGAAGGAGUCCAUCUUGACCAACACGGUUGUGAAGAAGAUUGAGGAGACAGACACGGGGUACAAGGUCACAUCUGAGGACGGCAGAGCUUUCUACUCCUCGUUUGUCGUCGUCACCAUUCCUCAGUCUGUUUUGAAACUGAGCGUUGAGGAUCCUGACGCCAAGGGUGCAAUCACAUUCGUUCCAAACUUACCUACAACUAUUACCGACAAUUUCCCAAAGACACACUUCUGCGCGCUCGGAAAGGUCAUCUAUGAAUACAACGAGGUUUUCUGGCCGGAAACAGAAAAAUUCGUUAUUAUCCCCAAGCCUGAUGAAUCUGUGUGCACUUCAACCGGCUUCCCGACUUCAGAAUACAAUAGAAAGCUUACCGAGGAAGAGGCAGACAAGCUGGAGGCAUUUGAUUUUCCAGCUUUGGCUGUUAACCUAAAAAUUGUGAAAAAUGCUCCCGCACUCAUGUUCCUGGUGCCUGCUCCCGCAUCUCAUUUGCUCGAAGAGAAUGUUGAAAAGUAUGGCCCAAAGCUGCUCGAGCCUAUAAUUGCCAAACUUUCUGGUAGAAAACAAAGUGAGCUUCCAAAGCCAAAUCUCGUGUUCUCUACAAACUGGUCUUCUGAUCCUUUCAGUAGAGGCUCUGUUUCAGGAAACGCAGUUGGCGAUGUCCUAGUCAAUGACGGUCUUAUUGAGGGUGUCAACCGUUUACGGUUUGCUGGUGAAGCAUACUGCUACGAGGGCCAUACUGGUGCCCACGGCGCCUAUAUCAGUGGUAAAAGAGAGGCAGACAGUGUCCUGCGACAGCUUUCUAUCUGA